CCGCGACGAUGGACUCGACGGACGCCGACGCCUCCAUCUCCAAGGCCAAGCUGCACGAGACGUUCGACGUGCUGCCGAACCUCAUCGACGUGCUCAAGGACGUGCUGUCGGCCAACUCGACCCAGGAGACCAUGCGCAUCGGAGACGUCUCGGCCUCGGCCGUGUCGGUGAAGCAGAAGUACACGGAGGCGCUGGAGCUGCUGCGCUCGCUGCCGGGCACCGACACGUCGCUGGAGGAGCAGGAAACCGCCAUCGCCAACGCCAAGGCCGAGCUCAAGCGCAUUUCGGACGUCGUGGAGCUCUACAGCAACACGCUGUACCGCGGGACGGACGAGCCGCGCGCCGAGAUCAACGACGCAUUCUCUCGCAAGAGCCUCCUGAAGUGAGAGCUCCACCUCUCAAGGUAGACCUUCCCCAUCGGAGGCACAGAAUCGAUCUUCAACUGCAGAAGCGUUGGCUGGUUGU